UUUUAUCUAGAUAGGGAUAGGCUUUUCCAUAAAAGAAAAUCACACGGAGGAGACCAUUUAUGAAUUUAAAAAGCACAGGAUAGAAUAAACGAUAGAAAUAGUUACAAAGAAAUGGAAGAAACAAGAAACUCAGCUUCAAAAAUAGAAAAAGAAGAAGAAGAUAAUGAGGAAACAAUGGCGGAAAUUGAGAUAUGGAACUAUAUAUUUGGAUUUUCCAUUAUGGGAACUGUUAAGUGUGCCAUUGAGCUUGGAAUAGCCGAUGCCAUUCAUAAUCAUCAUCAAGGUCUCAUGACGCUUUCCGAGCUAUCAUCAGCCGUUGGAUGCACCCAUCCGUCCUACCUUUAUCGUAUCAUGCGGUUAUUAGUGCAUCAAAAGAUUUUCAAGGAGAAACCGACCGGCCAAGGCGCUAUAGGCUACACCAACACACCCCUCUCUCGUCGAUUGCUCCGUCGAGGAGAAAAUAGCAUGGCGGAUUUUAUUUUAAUGGAGAGCAGCCCUAUGAUGCUAGCGCCAUGGCAAUGUCUGAGCAAUCAUGUUCGAGGAAUAUCUAAUAAUUCAGUAUUUGAGGAGGCUCAUGGGGGAGACCAUUUAUGGAAAUAUACAGCCGAAAAUCCUGGCGACAGCAAACUAUUUAGCGACGCAAUGUCGUGCGAUGCUAGAGCUCUAAUACCUAGAGUUAUUAAAGGGUGCCCGGAGUUGUUCGACGGUGUUAAAUCUUUGGUUGAUGUGGGAGGAGGUAAUGGGACUACCUUACGGUUGUUGGUUAAGGCUUUUCCGUGGAUUAACGGUAUUAACUUGGAUCUACCUCAUGUUGCUUCGGUUGCGCCGGAAUGUGACGGUGCUACGCAUGUUGGUGGUGACAUGUUCGAGUAUGUUCCAAAGGCUGAUGCGGUUAUCAUAAAGUGGGUCCUCCAUGAUUGGAACGACAAAGAAUGCAUACAAAUCUUGAAGAAUUGCAAGGAUGCAAUUCCAAAGGAAAAAGGAAAGGUGAUAAUUCUUGAUGCUGUGGUGGACCAAUCAAAAGAUGACAAAUAUGAGGGAGUGAAAUUAAUGUUAGACAUGAUUAUUAUGGCUCACACCAACACAGGCAAAGAGAGGACAUUAAAUGAAUGGGAUUCAAUUUUGAUGGAGGCUGGCUUUAGCCAUUAUGUAAUAAACUCUAUUCCUGCAGUUCAGUCUGUUAUUGUGGCUUUCCCUUAAACUUUAAAUUUUUUAAACUCAACCCUAUGAGUGUAUUUAAGAUGUUAGUAUUAAAUUAGAGCAUGUAAUGAUGAAGUCAUUAUUUAUCUUUCCAUAAAUUUUAAUUUUUAUGAUAAUUAGUUUAUAUUUUUUA